AUGGACCAAGUAUGUGUUUCAUCAAAUAAAUAUAUCGGCCGUAAAAGUAGUCUAGAAAUCAAAUUAAAAAAUUUCGUGAAAAAAUUUAAAAUUAUAUGGAUUUUGUGUGUGAUGAUCAUAGCGUUGCAAAAUUAUACCAUUAACCAAUAUGCUCGAGCAGUCUUAAAACUAACAAUAAUACAGGUGAGUAAGUUUAAUAGUUUAUAUAUAGAAUUAUUUAUAUAAAACAAAAGUUUAGAAAAAACUCUAAAUUUCUUAUUAUAAUAUUAAAUGUAUUAUGUAUUUAUUUAUGGAAAAUUGAAAUCUCCAUUUACAAAAUGUUAAAAUUGUAUUCAAACAAAAAAAAUAAGUAAUUACAAUUAAAAUUGUAUAUUAGUAAUCCCCUAUUUAACAUUGAAUUAAAUUAUGUGUGUAUUUAAUUACAUUAAUAUUACAUAUUAAAACAAUUUCUAUGUGAUGAUAAUUACUGAUUGAUAUAAUUUACUUUAUUAUUUAUAAUUAAAAAAUAAUUAAUACAUCCAUUUUUCAAAGAAAAAAUAAAUAAUUUGUAUAGUUUUACAUGUUGCACACAGUUACACACAUUUUAAAGUUAAGUUUUCUGAUAAAAGAUUAAAUAAAUUUAAUAAAUAUCAAAUAUUUCAUUAUUAUAUCGUAAUUUAAAUAGACAACUAUACUUACUACUAAUAUUUAAAGUAUUCAAAUUAUAAUAGAUCGUACAUUAUCUGUUUAGAAAUAGCCAGCUACAGGUUAGCUUUAAAUUAUAAUUAAACUAUCGAUUUAUAUAGGUAUAGAGAAGUAUGAAAUGUGCAAUAAAAUUAUGUAACACCUAUGCCAACAAAAUUGACUUAAUCUUUAAUAGUAUAACUAUACAUUUUGUUAAUGCAUUGAUAGAAAGCAUCCAUAAUUAUUAUUAAAUAUUUUUUCCUUAACUGCGCAAAUAUAUUAAUAUUUACCAAAAUGCACAUUUUAUCAAACAAUUUUAAAUUUUCAUGUUAUGAAUGCAAUUUUAAGAUUAAGGAUUACUUAGUAGGUGUAUAAUAUAGUACUACUACUCAAAUAAAAAUAGAAUCACAUGCACAUUUAUUCUUUAACAUUAUGAUAUUAUAAUAAAAUAAUUAAAACCAAUUUUUUUUAACCUAUACAGUUUAUAGACUUGGACAGUUUCAAAAAUUUACUACAGGAUUCAUGUUUAAUAUACAAAGAAAUUCCAAAGCGUGAACUCACCAAAUCUGAUUGUUAUGCAAGUAUCUACCUAUAUAUAAACAUUUAAAUGUAUUAUAGGAUUGACAUUUUUAGUAAAAUUUCAAAAAAAAAACCUAACCUUUUAACCUGUUUAAUUUAGACAUGUGAAAUCAUAGAACAAGUAGACAUUAUCCAGCAUCCAGAGGAAAUUUUAGAAUUUUAUGUAGAUCUCGAUUGGCCUGUAGCAUACGAAAGUAGUAUUAAAACCAACAUCACUAUAAAAGAAAUUGCUCUUGUGUGUAUUUUUGUGUAUAUGCUCUCUAUGAGAAAAUAAUUAAAUAUUACUUUAUUUUUUAGACUCUUUUAAUCGGAGACUUUUUACCUUGUGAUUAUGAAUCAAACCUAAAAAUUGAUCCUCUCCGAAUUUUGGAUGUUAAAUCCAAAUGGUUUAUGCAUUGGUUAGUAUGAAUAUAUCUUACAUAUUAAAUAUAAUUGACUACAAUUGAAUUUAUUUUUAAACUAAUUUUAAUAACAAAAACAAAAACGUUUCAUUCAAAAGUAGUUUUUAGUUAAAUAUACAAGAGGACAUAAAUUGCAAUUUUGUCGUCUUUUUAAAACAUUCUGAGUUUUUCAAAAUGUCUCCGUGUUAAUGGAAAACAUUUAAAAUAAACGUUAUUCGUGCAAUAGUGUCCCAAAUUGAUUUAGAUAAAUAAGUUUACCUUUAUUUUCUAUAUUUUUAAAUAAAAAUAAAUAGAUAUCUACCUAAGUUUCCCGAAGUUAGAAGUAAUUUGAGACAAGCACAUUUUUAAAAAAGUCUAAAUGAAUCAACAUUUUUCAUUGUUAAUCCUAGCUUAACUCAAGAACAGAAUUUUUGGUUCUCAUUGUUUUAUCAUAGUUACCUACUAUAAAAAUUAAAAGUUCUAAAGACCUGUAAAUAAUGAAAUUGUCCCAAGUAAUCCAAGUUUUAUAUUAUAUUUUAAUGAAAAUUAUAUAUAAAAGCAGGUAUUAUAAUAUAUGUUUAAUUCAAAAUCACUGCAUACAAAAUACAAAUUUAGGUACAAUUUUAAAAAGUUUAUAUAAUGUCCCUAUAGGAAAAAAAAUCAGGCUAUUUGCUGACACAAUAGUUAAGCCCCACGUAGGUAGAUACUAUAUUCUUGUUGGCAAUUUAAAUUUCAAUACUUACAAUGUUGAUUCUACAUUUUUUAAAAGGUGCAAUAUGUUUUCAUAAAUAUCAUAUUAUGAUACUAUAUCUCAACUUCUAAAUAAAUAAUGUAUUAUUGGAUGAUGUUUUGUUAUUUUGUAAAUUACAAAAAAUAUCAACUGAAAUAAGUAUUAAUAAAGUGAAGGUAGGUAAAUAUUAUUAAAAGAAAAAUAUUAACUAGAAAAUAAAUAACACAAAAUUAAUUAAUUAACAAAAUUAGUUAUAACUCUUGAUUGAUGUAGAUUCACACUUGACAGUUGUUUGCAUUCUUAACAUGCUAUUGUAUAAGGUGGUAUGUUAGUAUAUUAUGUGUACUGUAUAGGUAUGCUCAUGAGCAAGGCAAGGAAGUCCAUAGUAAUGUUAUUACUUCCUAGGAAGUAUAAACUCGGUGAGACCGGCUCAUCACAAUUAUAUUAUAGAUAUUAAGUUAAAAAAUAAUUUGUUUUUAUUAAGUUUAUUAUAUGAUAAAUAUUUAUAUAAUAUUUGUGUUUUAUGGAAACCAAACAUUUUAUUUUCUUAAAUAACAAACUAUAAUCGUUUUUAAUUUUAAAUUAAAGAUUUUUGAAAAAUCUUAGUACCUAUGUGAAAAUAUCGUCGUUCAAUGAACUUAAAAAUUUCAAAAAUCAGAAUUUGAUUUUAUGCAUAAUUUAAUUAUAAAAAUGGAAUAAACAUGCUUAAAUCGUUCUGUGUAUUAUAUUAUAUGCUUAUAUAUUUAUAAAAAAACAUUAUGUAAGUGUUCUUAAAAAUUAUCCUUAUUUCAUGGUAAAAUCAUUUGACUACCACUAGAUUGUUUAGAAUUGUUUAAUCUUAAAAUCUUAAUGUUUUUUUUGAUACCACAUGCACGGGAAUUAGAUUGUUCAAGAGUUUCAAAAGUUAACUGAAACUAAUAUUUCUUUAUGAAAUUACUAAAUAUCAACUAUUUCUAUAUUAAAAUAGUUAAACUGUUAAUAUUAAUAAAGUACAGUCGAGUCACAACACAAAAUAAUUCCAACCUUGAUAAUACGAAAAACUUGUCGAGUUGAAUUAUUUUUUAGCCCAUGGAAAUCAUCGUAAAACUCAUAUAAUGUUUCUCAAAUAUAAAAUAGUGAAAAAUGAUUUAUUAGCUGUAAUAGUAAACAGCUUAUUGAUUUCUUAGAAUCUUCAAUUAACAUAUCCUCAAGUAUUAAAAUAGACAUUAAGAUCAUAAGAUUUAAAAUAGGUCCUGAACGAUUUAUAGUAGUGCUUUGUAUAUUAUUUUCAUAUUGAAUUCAUGCAAUCUUUUUGAUAUUAAAUAUUAACAUAUCACCUCCACUAAAUAUUAUCCAAAUGGCCUCAAAAUUUGAGAAUUUUUUUAUUAUGUGAUACAAAAUAUAUGUGUGCCCCAUAUAUAUAUAUCAUUUUUAUGUUUUAUAGAAACAAAACUAUUUUAUUUUCUUAAAUAACAAAAUAUAAUCGUUUUUAUUUUUAAAUUAUUUUAUACUUUAAUACGUAUUGAAGAUAUUUUCACUAUUUUUAGAUUAAAUCAUUUACAUUAAAACUACUAUGAAACAACUCAUUCAAAAAAGCACCUAAUUGAUGGCAAUAAAUGUUAAAUUAAAUUUAUAAGUACUGUAAUAAAAGAUUAUUCACAAAAGUUCGUACCUAGGUUAUAUUUUAUCAUUGAAUUAUAUUAUAAUUAUAGGUAUGAAGGUUCAUCAUAAUUAAAAUUAUAAGUUACAUAAUGAAAGAAAACAAUAAGUUGAUUUGAAAAAAUAAAUAUAUUUAUUGCAGUAUUUUAUCUAUAUCAUAUAGCAUGCAUUCAAAUAUGUUUUUAAGAAAUAUAGAAGGUAACCCUGUAGGCCGUAGUUUAUAAAAAUUAUUACAAUACCUAUACCUUUAUAAAAAUGUUUAAAUAAUUAUUAUUAAGGCGAAAUUGUGAUGAUAUCAAUGGCAAAACAAUUCGAUCAUUAUAUAGACCUGAUUUGUUUUUGAGUAUUUCUUCUGAAACAUGGACAAUUAUGUCAUUCAAUUAUACAACUGUUCACUAUAAAAAGGUAUACGUAUAUUUAAUUCAACCGACAUUUUGUAUUUAAUAUGAUUUCUAAUUAAAUUUUAAUUUAGAUAAAUGUGUAUUAUAACAGCAGAGUGGUCGUAUCACAAAUAAGUGGAUCAUUUAAUUAUCAAUUGAUGCCAAAAUAUCUUUGUAAAGAAAUUUGUAAACCAUUGAGUGGCCGAUUAGAGACUUACAAAACCAAUACACGUAAGUAUAGUAUAUAAUAUAGUAUAUCACUUUCUACUUAUUAUACCACAAAAUCUGUAUUUUAUUUUAUUCUAGUGAUCUUCAACAGUUUCAUUUGGGAUUUUCAAUAUUUACCGAUGAACAUUUCUUCCGAGAGGGAGAAAGCUUCCGUAGCUAUUAUUUAUUAUUUAGAUUAAACAAAUGAAAAUUGAAAGUAUGAAUAAAAAGUACUUUUAAAAGUAGCUAUUCAAAUUUAUAUACCCACCUAUUUCUUAAUUAAAUUAUUCGUAGUUUAUUAUUUACUAUUGUAGGUUAUUUUUAAAACAUAAAAAAAACACCUAGUUUUGACUCAAAGCCAUAUACUGAAAAAAAAAGAGCUGAUAGGUACUAUUAAUGGGUGUUCCACUCAUGUAGGUGGUAAGUUGAGAAGGUAGGAUAAAGUAUCACAUUUAUAUCUGCAUAAAAUAAUAAAUUAUUUCUAACGAAGUAGGAUUUUAAGAGAAGUUCAUUUAUAAAUGUUUUUAAAUGCUGUAAUUUUAAAGAUUUUUAUCAAAAUUUUAACUUAAAAUUCGUACAAAAAGAAACUACUAUACAUUACGCUCAACUUUUUGUUUUCGCUAUUAAGUACAACAUAUAAUAAAAAUGUAUAAAAAAAACUAAUAUUAGUAUUUAUGUGAACGUUUCAGGUUUCUGCGAUUAAUUUAAAAAAUACCCCCCCAAAAAAAAUAAAACGAAAAUAAUAAAACUAUUAAUGCGAUAAACAACGUAAACAUUCACGUUUUUCCUAAGUUUUUCUUGGUUUUUCCCGAUUUCUAUGAAAACUAAUAAGAAAAUCAAAAUAUUACUUCUAAAUUACACCAAUUAGAUCUGAAAUGCAACAAAAAGCUCUCUUGUCAUUUUUUGAGCAAUAUUUUGGUAGAAAAUUGUAAAAAAAGUAAAAAAAAAAGUAGAGAUAUUAUAUGUUAAUGUUCAUCUGUUUACAAAUUCACGUACUAUGCCGAAGUUCCAUUCGCUGCUGUAUUGAGUUAUCACUUAAGAAGUGAAAAUUUUAGAUUCGGAAGGUAACAAGGAUCUAUUGAUUUUACUAUGUGUGCUUCUUUUUCUGUCUGUAACCAACUUUUUGAAAAGAAAUCUUGCUUUGAUGUAUGGAGAUCAGUAUUUUUUUUUAAAAUAAAAUUUUGUCUAGUGAUGCAUUAAAUUGGUUAUUUUUUGAUUUUCCAAAGGGUUUUCGAAAUUUUUGGGAAAAAACAGAAAUAAAAUUAAAGGUAAAACGUAAAUAUUUACGGCAUUACUUUUUUCAUUAUUUUUAAUUUUGUUCACUAAAUUUUCUACUAGAAAUAUUGAUCAAAUCAAAAUAUGACAAGAAAUCGAUUUUGUUUUUUUUUUAAUAAUAUAUAGUUCGGUGAUAGAGAAAGCUAUUUUUUUAUCUAAUGUAUUUUUUAUAAUAAUUGGGAAAAACCAAAAAGACGAUUUUUUUCAAAUUACAACACAAGAUUUUACUAUUUAAAAUUUUUACGGCACCUGUUUUGUACCAUAAAUAUAUUGCUCAUAUAGAAAACAUCAAGCGAUAUUUUUUGUUGAAUUUUUAACCUAGUUGGUGAAGUCAUUUUUUGAUUUUCCUUGUAGUUUUUUUUUAUAAUUGAGCAAAGGCGAAAAAUACGUAUAAAAAACAGGACAAUUUACGAAAAUAUUAAUUUUAUUAGUUUAAAUUUUGUUUUCUUAAUAUAAUUCAGUUUAAAAUAUUCGUAGAGACCUAAAAUGUUGACAGAAAACUUGAAUUUACUUUUUCUAGAUGUGGUAAAACUUUUGGAACACUUAAGCAAUUUUUAAGCUAUUUAUAGACAUUUUAACUAUGCUAAUUUUUACGUAAUUUUUAUUUGGUAAAUACUCCUUAAAUAAAAUUGUUUAAUUAAACAGUAAUGCUUGAAAAUUAGACAUAAUAUUCAACAUAAGUCAUACUUAUUGUUUAUAACAAAAAUUAAGUGUAAUGUUUUUUUUUUUUUUUACUAAGUGUUUUAAUAUCAAAAUUUGAGUAAAAUCGUAAAUUUCCAAACAGCCUUUCAAAACAUAAAUGACCGAACUUAGAUCCAAAUCGUUUUUCAUUAACAAUGGUUUAUCAUUUUAUACAGGUGUAAAUUAAAUAACUUUGUGUAUCACACUUUCCCAACUACCUAUCUAGUAGCCACACCCGUCCCCAGUAACGACUCUUAUUUUAGAUUCUGAGUGAAUGUAUUGUUUUUACAAUGAUUAUUUUUUAUUUAAUUUUUUAUCAGGAGUGAAAGAAAAUCUGACUGAGGUGGUACUUUAAGCAGGUCAUUUUUUUGAUUUUCCCUAGAUUUUUCCCGAUAAAUGGAAAAAUAGGUACAAUAUUAAACAAAUAUUAUUUAAGGAAAUGUUUAAUACUUAACCUAACCUACCAUAAUAUGACAUAUCUAUUGUUGAUAAAGUAACACUAUCAACCGAACUCAGCUCUGAAUCGUUUUUUCUUUAGCAAUGAUUAAUCGUUGCGUACAGAUAUAUAUAUUAAAUUUCCAUCUGUAUCCUACCUUCCCAGCUUCCUACCUACGAGUACAACAGUGACUGCACCACCUGCACUCGUCCCCAUUAUCCUAGGACAGCUUUUUAUUUUUACGAUGCUUUUUAGAAGUAGGUAUUUACUUUAGUACUUUUUUUGGCUCGAACUUGAAAUUUUUCAGUUGGUAUAAUUUCGAUAAUAUUACAAAAAUAAUAAGACAUUUUUUUAGAUCACUUAUUAAAAUUUAUUAAAAUUAAAAUAAGUUCUGGAAUACAUGCUGCCUUGAAAUUAAAUAACAAACAGUAAAUACUCUUGUCGAUUAUUAUAAAUAAAUUUGAUAGUAGGUACUGGGUUAAAUUAUUUUUUUAAUUUAAAAACAAUUUACACAUAAGUAUACAGUACAUUGACAAUUGGUCACGCAAGAAAUGACACUGAUUCACUGAAUACUAGACAGAUGGCACGAGUGCCACGAUCAAUACACAAUUCAUUCUUCUGACCAGAUGACCACGCGACAUACUCGGCCGUACUUAUGGUGUAAUGAAAGUAUGUAACAAGAGAGGGAAUACAGUUAUUGUAGAGCCUUAAAAAUAAUGAAUAACUGCUAGAAACGUGUUUGCGUUUACUGUUUAGUCGUUACUGAGUCAACGUACACGAUGCCUGUACAUUAAAUCAAAUAUAAUCAUAAAAAAUAUUGAAGUAGUUUGUUUUUCUAUAAGUUCUUCUAUACAUUUAACAAGUAAGUGCUAUCAAGUUUUUAAAAAAAUAUUAUUUUACUCUGGAAAAUUGCAUUUUUACAUCAGAUAUAUAAAAACUUAAAUGUUACAGACACUUUUAUUCCCAAAUUAUUAUAUUAAAUAAUUAAAAUCUGUAAAUAUUUUUUUGUCUUUUUUUUAAAACUAAAAUUAAUUAUUUUUUAAUUCAGUAAAAAUGUAUUUUAAACUGCUUAUUUAAUUAUUCCUGAUGAUUUUCUUAUAGACAUUUUCAUUAUUAUUAUGCAAAUAUAAAUACAUAAUUACAUUACUGCAAACUAAUUUUGAAAUGCAACACAAUGCCAUUAAAAAAAUAUAUCUUCAAUCUACAAGUUUUUAGAUAGCACAAAAUGUUUUAAGUAGAUACAGUUAUGGAUGAUGAACACCCUUAACUCCUUGAAUAUUAUUCCGUUUUUCUUUUCAUUUUUUUAGAUGUUUUCCAAAUAAAUUAUUAUCAAAAAAUGGCUUUCUCAAUGCACUUACUAGAUUCAAAAUUUGUCCCCUAAUCCAACCAAUUGUCGAGUUUGAAUUAAUUCAUUGGAACCCAUCAGUAGCGCACAUAGAGCAGGUUAAAGGGUUAGAACUCCCUCCCCCCCGAAAUGUCUUCCGUCACUAAAUUUGUUUAAAUCAAGUUUUACAUUUAGCAGCAUAAUAUCGUAUACCCCAGAAAAUAAUAAUACAAUUUAUCACAAUAUUAUAAAUAUUAUUUAGUUUAUAUGAAAUUUAAGUUAUUUCAUCAUUUCUUCGGUAAUAAUAGUAAUAAUACUUUACUAAUAAUAAUAUGUGCUAUCCCCAUUCUAGGACAUUAUUAUAAGCACAACCCCCCCUUCCUUGUGCUACUGCAUAUGACUCUUCCUUACUUAGAAGCGUAAAGUAUAGAUUUUUCAGAUUUGCUUCUUUCUCUCUUAAACUUGAGCAGCCACUACACUAUUCUCCUGUUUUACGCUAAUUAACACUUCAUAACACAUUUCUGGUAAAAUAGUUGUUUCCAGACACAAAAAAUAAAACACAAAUUAAUAUUACAGUAAAACAUAGUAAUAUAUCCCACUUUUUGCUCGAAAUCUAAAAUACCUAUGUAUAUGUAUAGUUUUUUGAUGCGUUUUUAACAGAAAAUUACUUUUAUCAAAUAAAUUAUUAUUUCCUAAGACAGAUUUAAUUUUAAAAUAAUAUUCACUUGUCAAUUUAUAAUUGGUACACCAAUUUAAUACACAAUUAAACAUAUAAUAUCUAUAAAUGUUUUAUGGCUUAGUUAAUUAGUUUAGUGCCGGUAUUUAUAUACACUUAAUAAAUAAAUAACUAUACCUAUAUCUAUAGAUUUCUAUGAAAUUAAAAUUUAACCAACUGUAAUUUAAUCUAGAAUAAUAAAUUUGUUUAUGUUCAACCUUAUUCUUUUUAGUUAAGUAGUAUGUAAAUCAAACACGAUUAAAACAUACAAUUAUUGAAUUUAAGAUAAUAUAUAAUAAAAUAUAUAAUACACCUAUAAGUGACUGUCUUAAUUUAAAAAAAAAAAACAAAAAACAUUCUAAGUUAAAUAUUUUUUAUUGACUUAAUUUAUCAGAUAAGUAAAUCAUAAUCAUAAUAAUAGGUAAUAGAUAAUUUAUCUGGGUAAAUCCAAACAUUGCAACUGACACAUGUUAUGAUAUAAAAAUUUUAAGUAGGGUUGAGCAACGGCACGAGCCGAUAUCAAAUAUCGGCUGAUUUUUCCAAUAUCGGAAAAUCGGUUAUCGGUUUUUUUUUUUAAAACCUAAAUCAGCCCUGAUAUUUUUCAAAAAAAAGGUACUCAACUUGAGAAAUACUUUACUAUCUUCAUAUAAUAUUUUAUGAAUACAAUAUAUAUAUUUAAAUUAUAUCAUUGAAAUCGGAUAUAAGAAUUUUUUUUAAGAUAUUGAAUAAUUUGAAUGUCGGCUCAUGGUUUCAAAAAAACACUGGAUUUAUAUUGGUAGCAAAUAUUUGAAUAUCAGAUGUCGGCAAAAAGUAGUAUCGGUUCACCACUAAUUUUAAGUAGUCAAUUUAUCAUAAUACAUUUACAUCAUUCAACAAGUAACUUAUUUUACUAUUGAAAUUAAGAAAUUACGGAGUGAUUACAUGACAUAAUUUUAAAGUACCUAGUACUUAUUUUGAGUAUUUUCCAAAUACACUCAUGAAUAUGAAAUCAAAUUAAAAUAUCUAGGUGAUUGACUGUAUUUUAGGAUUAGAGAAAAUUAGUAAUUGGCAAUCUAAGCAGGGCGGCGUUUAAUGGGGGGAGGGGCAAGAGGGGUGACGAAUUGUAUGGCAUUUAGAGGGGCAGUAAAUUUGUAUGAAUGUAGUUACAUAGUAAACCAACAACUCCGUAGCCAAAAUAUAUUUUGUCCAUGGGUGGGAGUUUAACUCAAUGCAGCACUAAAUCUAAGAAAUUAAAUUUUAUAAAUCAAACAAAUUAUAUUGUUAUUAAGAGCAUGACGUACAGCCGUAGCACAUACUAUAAUAUUGUGCUAUUUGCUAGUACUACCAACGUAUUCAGAUUUGAAUUAAUUAUAUUAUAAUUCGCUUACCACAACGAAAAAAGUUGUAUCUCACUUUUCCAAAUUUUUAGAAUUUUAGAUUUGGAUCGUAGGGAGGUAUUGGUUUUACAAUGAUGUUAUAUUUUUUUUCUGUGACCAGUUUUUCUACCAGAAAUCUUGCUCUAAUGUGCUAAGUGUAGCACCUUUUCUGAAAGGAAAUUUUACCUAUUUUAACCUAUAUAAUUUUACCUAUUAUACUUAAGGAGGUCUUUUUUUAUUUUUCUAAGCGAUUUUUAUGCUAAUUGGGAAAAAACUGCUGAAUUUACAAAAUUUAUGAUUUUCAAUUUCGUUUUUUUGUUUUAAUUCAGUUAAAAAUAUUCGAAGAGACAGCAAACUUAUAUUUGCCUUUUCUAGACUUGAUAAAAUUUUCAAAACAUUUGAACUAAUUUUUUAGUUUUUUUAUAGACAUUUUGUGAGUUUUUUUAUGUAAUGCUUAAUCGGUAAAUACUUUGUGGAUAAAAUUGUUAGACUGAACAGAAAUGUUUGAAAAUUUAACAGGAGGUUCAUUAUAAGUUGUACUUUAAGACAAAAAAAAAAUUGAGUUUAAUAUAUUAUUUUUUUGUAUGACAAUUUUAAUAACAACAUUUUAUAAAAAUCAUUACGGACUUUUAAAACAUGACUUAUAACCGAACUUCGCUCCAAAUCCUUUUUCGUUAUCAAUGGUUUAUUAAUGCGCGCGAAUAUACAUUAAAUUCUUCUCUAUAUCCUACUUUCGCAACUUCUCACAUACAAUAAUGGCCCACCUGUCAUGAGAAGUAUGUCUGUCUCUUUUAAAUUUUAUAUUUAGUAUUUUUGUUACAAAAAUAAAUAAUAAAUACCUAUUUGUUUUAUACAAUUAUUUUAAUAUAAUUCGUCAACUACACAAAUAUUUAGUAUUAGCAUUGAUUAUUUAAUUAUAAUAUUAGGUACCAAGUAGAUUAGUUAUUAGGUAAGUACCUAUCUAUAUAUACAUUUCACUAUUAUAUUAACCUUUACCUUUAUACAUAUACAUAAAAUUGCACUGAAUUAUGUUUCCUUUUUAUAACCUACAGUGGCGUAUUUAGGUUUUCUUCGUCUAUAAGCACUAAUCAAUUUGUCGCCUUUUUCACACUAUUCCUCUAUAAUUAUUUAUAAAAUAUAUUUGAAUAAACGAUUGGUUAGUGUGUUCUAUAAAAAAAAAAAGAUACGUUAUAAAUGAAAAUUAAAUUGUAGAUACUUAAUAUCUUGUUUUUCAAUUUACAAAUUAAUUGUAUCUAUUUAAAAUUAUAUAUUUUUUCUUCUUUUGCCAUCUCCAAAAUUUCGCCGCUCUAGACCCAAGCCUAUGGGGUCUGUUCCUAGAUAUGUCUCUGUGUACCUACUUAAAAUACAUUAAAUCAAACUUGCGUAUUGAGAACGUUAUCAUGAUGGUAUUCGUAUUUUGAUCACGAAUUAAUAAGUACUAGCAGCAUAGUAGCAAUAUUAGGCAUGAUGUUUGUCACGCAGUACUUACCUAUAUUCACAAUUACCACGUGAAUUGAAUAAUAUAGUACUGCACUGCCGGUUCAUUGUCGUUCACCGUUAUUUUAAAAAAACACGGACAUUAUGUUUUUCAUAAAACAUAUUUGUCAAUAAUUAAUUUUCGAAAUUUAUAUCAAAGAAAAUUUUAGUAUAUAAUACUAUAAUGUUGUCAUUAGAAAUAAAAAAGUAUUGAAUUAUGAAUACAAUCAAUGUUUAGGAUCCGGUGUACAACAUACAUCUAAUCGUUCAUUAUUAAAUUUUCUCCGAUUGUUGUAAUAAGAAAAAAAUCUAUAAAAAGAAACUGUACUUUCGCGGGGUCAAUAAUUGGCUUUUAUAACAAUAAAUCACGGCAAUCCGAUUCGUCUGACCAUUGUUGUACAACGUGUUUGAGUAUAAUAUUAUAAUACAAGGAGAUAACAAAGCAAACAUGUUUAAAUAAAAAAAAAAAAAAAAAAAAAACAAUUCUUGACAAUUAAAACGACAGACGGGUGUGCUGGAAUAAUAAUGUUAGUAUAUCUACCUAUCAUAUUAUAAUUAUUGUUAGAAGGUCAAGGACGCUCAAGAGAAUCUAGUUUAUUAAAGAAGAGUGAAGACCAGUUUUUUCGACUCCGUUACAUAUUUUGUUUCUUUACUUAUAUAGAAGAUAUUAGUGGUGGAUCCAAACCUUAAUUCGAAGAGGGGGACAAUUUAUAAUAACGAAAAUUGGUAUAUAUUUUACCAAAAUACAAGACCAAAUUAUACUAUUAAUCGUAAUUUGACUUGAUAUUUUUUUCUAAAAGCAAUGCAUAAACAGUUGUAGCGCGUUACUUAAAAACUUUGGAAGAGAUCAUUUUUUUGUUUGCUUAUUUACUUUUUUUAAGUAAAAUUUAAAUAAUUGAAUAAUCCUCGGAUCAAUAUAACGUAAGAGGUAAGAUACUCACAUUAUCUUGGGAAAUAUAAAUUUUUUAAAGAAACAACCUUAAAAUAUUACAUUAUCUUUUUUUUUUGUGUACCCUUAUGAUGAAUUACAUUACCAUAUUUUAAUCUUUAAUUGUAAACCUUUAUGUAAAAAUUCCAUAAAAAAAAUGAAAUUUUAGUUUAGAUAUAUUUCGGUAUUGAAAUGUUUGAUUUUCGUCAAGUUGGCAUUUAAGAUAGAUAUUUCACAUUAAAAUUUGUCGUUUUGAGAGUAGCAGGAGAGUAGAGAAGCAUUAUUCAAACGCCGAAUGCUGUGUUACCAUACAAAUAACGUUCUAUUACUUUCCCUCUAUAUCUAAACUUAAAAGUGAAAUAUUUCGUCAACGGGUUUAAAGAAAUUAAAAAUAUCACCACUUUAAUGUAUUAAAAUUAAAACUUCAUCUAUUUAUGAAAUUUUCAAUAUAGGUUGCAGUUGAAAAUCAAAAGUGGGUAUUCACCUCCAAAAAUAAACGUGACGUAAAAAAUGAAUAUAGAUAAUGCAUAAUAGAGCUGCUUGUUUCUUAAAUCUUCCGAAAGAAAAAUUUCGAAAAAAGUUAAUACUUUUCGAGAUAAUGAGUGUUUUAUGUACUUCUUAAUCAUCCGGUAAAUAAUAAUUAUAAAUCUUGUUCUUCUCCUUUGCCUUCAUCUCAAUUAUUUGGAGUUGUCUACCUUUAUGAACGUAACUUGGACAAUUUGUAAGGGGAAGGGGCAAAAUUAAUUUAGUUUUAGUAUACCUAAAGACUUUAAAACAUGAUUAAUGAUUAUAUUAAUAAAAGUAUAAAAAAGUUAAACCAGUAAAUUAUUAAAAUUAAAAUUAAAUGUUUAUGUCAAUUGAAGUUUUCUUCUUCUUUAUGUCGAUUCUGCAUUCAACUGAUUAAUAAUUGUAUUAAAAUGAAUUUCACAAGCUUUUUCAAUUUGUGAAAUUGUCAUGUUACUCAGUCCUUUUUGUCCAAUUUAGCAGACGCGGUAUUUAGAUCUCCCUAAAUUCCUAUAUCCCCGUAUAGGGGCCAUGCGCUCCUACACAUCAAUUUACCUAUAAAUAAUAAUUUAUUUCAGAAAUCUGUAUAGAAGUCUGGAGUGUUAAUAAAUUAUAAUCGCAGCCUCUGCAUAUAGUUGUGCUAUCCCAUUAAGUAGUUGGGGGUCACAUUAGCUGACUGACGUCUAGUCAUGUUAGUUAAAAGUAUAAUUUUUGGACCAAAAGAAUAUUGACCUCUCCCCUAGAAGAUGAACCGAAUUCGCCACUGCAAUAUGCUGUAUAAACAACAUUGGGUUUGGUUCAUCUAUGGACUUACUCUAUGAGUUUAUCUCAAAGUACGACCGUAUUAUCAACGUUCAAUAUAGAAAUGACACUCGAUCGGGUGAUUAUUGAGUUACGAAAAACGUUUCUGUCCGGUUGGGAUAUUUAUAUAAUAAUGCCGUAAUAACGUAAAAAUAAUGUUCAAUACAUUCAAUGUUAUUUCUGAAUACAUUUAUUGUGUUUCGGUUAUGGUUACCUUCGUCCUAAAAUUUCACUUGACCCUAUCCCACACAUUGUCCUUACAUACACCUGCCGUCCCCAUGUCAUUCUUAAUUGCAUCCAACCGGGGGCGAACGCAAAAAAAAUGUUAAAGAGGGGGAGGGGUACCAAAAUUACUUAUUAUGGAGAUUAAUAAUUUUGCUCUAUUUGAUUCUAUUUUCGCUGUUGUGUAGAAUUCAUAAGUUGAACAACAGUUUUUUUUACUACUUUAUACAAUAUUACAGAAAUUAUUUGGUCAAUUUAUUAAGUUAGAGUACUAUUUAGAUUUGAGAUGAUUUUUCACAGAGAAUCAUGAGAAUCGUUAUAUUUAGUAAAUGCUUUAAUAAUGAUACUCAGAGUAAUACAUUUUAUCUUGUCUACCCAGUGGGUAUAAUAAAUAUUCGUAGAUUAAAAAUACUAUCAAUAACUUUCCUUAACAUUUUUGUAUUAAAAACAUUUUUUUGUUUAACAUUUUGUUUACUGACUGUUAAAUACUAAAAUGACAAGGAAUAAAGUGUAUUAUAAUUCAUAUUUUUUAUAGCUAGUAAUUUUUUACUUUUUAUUUAGGUAUCAAACGCAUAAUGUUAAAAACCCAAUGACUCUCCAUAAGAACGUAAUGGCACUGCAACAGCAUUUAACUUCAGUUCUAUGUCUCAGUCUAUGUUUAACAAUUGAGGUAGGUUGAAAUAAAUUUAAUUAAUUAAUUUUGUUUUCUCAAUGCAUAAUAUUUGUAUUACUAUUUUAGCUGGCUUAUGGUUCCCAUUUGAGAAAACAACGAGAAACAACACUAAUGCAAUUCAUUAAGUUACUAUUCUAUCGAUUAAUUUACGGUUUUGCUAAAAUGAUUGGUUUGGGAGAAGUGGUUGAAGAAUUUGGAGAUGGAAUACUAGCUCCUCCAGACAGUGAUUACAGACUUGACAUAGUUGAUGAUAAUUAUGACAAUAACGAAGAUGAUGAUUAUUAUGACGAUGAUGAAUAUUAA